CAUGCCGCCCAACUCCUCUGGCAGGCUACAGUUUUACUGCUGAUUACUUUACGUCGCCAGUCCCAAUCAUCUCCCAUGAGCACUCGCCGCCAGUCUUUCAACCCAAGACACCACCAACCUCUCCAAUCCAUUUCUACCAUCGGCAUAUAACAACAAAAAGCCGACGUGGAGAGAAGGAGGCUACACUGGCCUUACUACGUGCUUCAUUUAUACGUAGCACUACCUACCUGCAAAUGCCCAUUACUAUGUGGUAAUAGGUUUCAAAAGCGGUAGAAAGAUGAGCCAUCCACUCAAGUACGCCGAUACAGCUGAGUAGGAUAAAAAUCCGCUGGCGGUUUGGAGAUGGAGGGGUAACGCGCUCUUGUGGUAGCAGAACCACUUACACGGCGGGACAGGUCUCCGCAAUCGGGCGCCCAAUAUGGUUUUUAAUUCUUAAGCCGAAGAGAAGCAUUCAUUCGAGUAUAAUGAUUUAUCGAUGGAUUGAGUUGAUUCUUUUGCCUCUUGUUGAAUUGUAGAAAGAGUCAAAGUUGCAACACCAAACAAUAGCAUCACCACCAUGACAGCCUCAAUUCCCUGCCCCCCUCGGGGCAUCUACGUCCCCGCCGUCGCCUUCUUCCACGCCGACGAGACAAUCGACUUUGACGCAAUCCGCGCGCACCUCACGCGCCUGGCCAAGGGCGGCGUCGACGGGCUCGUCAUCCAGGGCUCCAACGGCGAGGCCAUGCACAUGCUGCACGACGAGCGCCAGCAGGUGCUGCGCCUGGCGCGCGACGUUCUCGACGAGCACGGCAAGCCGGGCGCCGUCAUCGUGGCGGGCUGCGGCGUGCAGAGCACCCGCGAGACGAUCCAGCUGUGCAGCGAGGCCAAGGAGGCGGGCGCCGACUAUGCGCUGGUGCUGUCGCCGAGCUACUGGGUCGGCGCCAUGCAAAAGCCCGUCAUCUUCAACUUCUUCCACGACGUCGCCGCCGCCUCGCCGCUGCCCAUCCUGCUCUACAACUUCCCCGCCGUCACGGGCGGCAUCGACCUCGACUCGGACCUCAUCGCCAGCCUCGCCGCCGCCAGCCCCAACAUUGUCGGCUGCAAGCUGACGUGCGGCAACAUGGGCAAGCUGCAGCGCAUCGCCCACGACCCGCGCAUCGGCCGGCCCUUUGCGGCCUUUGCCGGCAAGACGGACUUUUUCCUGCACGGCCUGGUCGGCGGCUCGCACGGCGUCAUCGCCGCCACGGCCAACCUGCUGCCCAAGGCGCACGCCCACAUGCUGCGGCUCUACGACGAGGGCCGGCUCAAGGAGGCGCAGGAGCUGCAGACGCGCUUCAGCAGGGCCGACUGGGCGCUGGUGCAGCUGGGCAUCGCGGGCAUCAAGGCGGCGCUGCAAAAGUACUAUGGCUAUGGCGGCGGGAGGAGCAGGCGGCCGCUGGGGAGCGCCGUGGACGCGGCCAAGCUGGACGGCGAGGUGCAUGAUGCGGUGGGCGGGCUGAUGGAGCUUGAGAACUCAUUGUGAUGGAAGAAGCUGGGUGUAGUUGAGUGUCUGGUACUGUGUAGAUUUGGUAUAAGAGAGCUAGACUUGGACAUGAGCACGAAGAAAUGUAUAACCAAUAAGAUGGCAAUCAGUUAUACUUUAUACGUCAACACAUCAUCUCAUUAAACUA